AAAAUGAAAACCCAUGAACGUUUUCCACAAACAUCUCAGAAAUGUAUCUUACAAUUUUGGUUGCAUUGCUGGAAUCAGCAGUUUGGGUGCGUGGCGCAGAGAGGAUCAUAGGAGGAGUGGAAUGUGUGCCUCACUCCCAGCCAUGGCAAGCCGCCCUGUAUUUUUUUGAUUCAUACACCUGUGGAGGUGUGCUAAUAAAUGAGAACUGGGUACUGUCAGCAGCCCACUGCUGUACAGCAAACAUUCAGAUUCGCAUGGGAAUGCAUAAUCGUGUGGAACCUGAUGAAGCGGUGCAGUUUAAUUUUGCAGAGAAAGCAUUCAUUCACCCUUCUUACAAUGCAGCAACAUACGAAAGUGACAUUAUGCUUAUCCGGCUUUGGAGUCCAUUCAACAUGACUGAGUAUGUACAGACAGCUGGCCUGCCUGAUAACCCUGUGGCUGAAGGGACAGGCUGCACUAUUUCUGGAUGGGGAUCUACUACAAGCCCGGCUGAUACACAUCCAGAUGUGCUGCAAUGUGCCAGUGUUAGCGUAGUGUCGCAUUCUCACUGCCAAGAAUGUUAUCCAAAUGAUAAUAUAACUGACAACAUGCUGUGUGCUGGGGUUGCUGAAGGUGGAAUAGACACUUGUCAGGGAGAUUCUGGUGGACCAUUCAUUUGUAAUUCUGUGCUUCAAGGAAUCACAUCUUGGGGAGAGAUCCCCUGUGCUCUACCAGACAAGCCAGGCAUAUACACCAAGCUCAUCAACUUCAUUCCAUGGAUCAACUGUAUUAUGGCAAAUCCAGACAUUUGUGAUGUAGGUUCAAAUCUAUGUACAAGAUGUCCCUGUAAUCCCAUUUAAUAUUGUUUCCUUUUGUAAAGUAUUUCGGUGAAUGUUACAUUUCAUAUGUGGACAUGCUAUGGUAUUAAUUAUACAAUAAAUAACUACUAAUUAUACAAUUAUAAAGACAAUAUAUUCAGGGCUAAAUUACAAAUGGAGCAUAAUAGAUUAAUGUGUGUUGUCUUUUGUAUGUCCUUGUGCAAAGAGUAACACACAAUUUGGAGCUUUUUAAGACCUGAAGUAAACCAUUUUAUUAUUAAUAGUAUAGAACAGAACUACACAAAUAACUCAAAAUAUAACAUAAGUUUGAAAAAAUUGGUUCACUCACCCAAUCCUGGGGAAUAGUCCAAUUUGGGAGUACUUGCUCCUUCAAGCCUUUUCCCAAGCAGGAUUCAAUUUGAUAGACAAGAAUUAUUAGUUAUUCAAAGAAACAAUUACCUUUGUACAGUGGCAAAAUCCAAACCUCCUUCACAGAGUAAAUAAUGAUGCCAGAGAGGGAAAAGUAAGUGCUUUAUUGUUAGUAUUACUAAAAGUUAAUAUUCCAAUAAGGACACCAUAGAUAUAAACCACUGACGCGUUUCGCGUUAUAAACAAAGUGCUUUAUUUAUAGCACAAAACGCUAUACCUAACAAUAAUUGUACAUGAAUAACUAUAUUACUUGUACACAGCCUUAGUGUACCCUCAGUUUAGUGCACCCUCAGCUUAGCGCUCCAACAAUCUCUAAAAUGAAUUUUACUGCACACCUUCUUAGACGUUUAUUGUCUGAGGGAUAUAGGGCACAACCAUGCUAUCUGAUAUGCAGAUGUUAAACUCCCUAGAGUAUCAGUCAACUGCCAAAAAAUAACUUUGAACUCAUGAGGGCAUAAAUAGAAGCGCUACUGAUUUUCCUCAAACAAUGUUAACGCACAAUAGAGCUACUAUUUUUGUGUUUGAUUUGUAACCUAGGCCUCAAUAGGUUAAAUAUAUAUAAAAAUGUUGUUAUUAAAUCAUAAAGUAUCUCUUAUCAAGGAAAUUGUAACCAUAUAGAUAUAUUUAUGCUUAUAAAUAAUGGAGCCAUUUGUUUAUGCAAUAUAAAUGAAAAAUCGAUUAAACGCAAGUCUUUAAAGUGAUAUUUUCAGCACCAGACUGUGGUAGGUCAUGCAGAACUGUAUUGGUUUAAUUGUAAUUUAAGUGUAUUAUUGUGUUAGCCAUGGAUCAUUAGGGGCCAAUACCUGGAUACUAACGGCUAGAUUUAGAGUUUUGUCGGUAACGACCCGCGUAGCUAACGCUGGCUUUUUUCUGGCCGCACCUUUUAAAUAACUCUGGUAUUGAGAGUCCACAGAAUGGCUGCGUUAGGCUCCAAAAAAGGAGCGUAGAGCAUAUUUAACGCAACUUCAACUCUCGAUACCAGAGUUGCUUACGGACGCGGCCAGUUUAAAAAACGUGCUCGUGCACGAUUCCCCCAUAGGAAACAAUGGGGCUGUUUGAGCUGAAAAAAAACCUAACACCUGCAAAAAAGCCGCGUUCAGCUCCUAACGCAGCCCCAUUGUUUGCUAUGGGGAAACACUUCCUACGUCUGCACCUAACACUCUAACAUGUACCCAGAGUCUAAACACCCCUAACCUUACACUUAUUAACCCCUAUUCUGCCGCCCCCCCUAUCGCUGACCCCUUCAUAUUAUUACUAACCCCUAAUCUGCCG